CCGAAGUGUUGUGUUAUCUUGUGAGAAAUAUGUCAACUGCUGCCGACGAAAUGGAAAAUUUCGCCGCGAAAGCUGCGCUACGCAAUAGCAUAAAAAUUGCUUUGAAGCAACUAAAAUGCCAGGACAGAAGUACGCAAUCACUUGAAGUUACAAAGAAGCUGUUAGCUCAUCCCAAGUAUCUCUCAAGCAAAGGGGUAGCUGUCUUUUUAAGCAUGAAAGACGAAGUCGAUACAGAAGGUAUUGUUCGAAAUAUUUUCGAUAGUGGUAAACACUGCUAUAUUCCAAGGUAUAGAGAAACUGAUGGAUACAUGACAAUGAUAAAAAUGAAUUCCUAUGAUGAAUUGGAAAACUUACCAAGGACACGAUGGAACAUACCACAGCCAUCAGAAAAAGACCUAAGAGUAGAUGUUUUUCAAUCAGGUGAUCUUGACCUGAUACUUACGCCAGGUUUGGCUUUCACAAAGCAAGGUCAUAGACUAGGUCGUGGCAAGGGAUUUUAUGACAAGUUCAUAACAGCCUAUAACUGUUUGCAUAAGCCUCCCUAUUUAAUUGGUUUGGCUUUGUCAUAUUCCAUUGUGGAUCAUAUCCCCUGUACAUUGACUGAUGUUCAAAUGGAUGAGGUACUUUAUGGCAAUCGUCAAACAAGUGAAUGAUCUGGCAAACCAAUUAACAAGAUGAAAGAAUUUUUCAAUACUGAAAAUUAUUAGAGGCAAAUUAGAUUCCCAUACUUCUUCUAUAAUGUGAUACUUGUACAAAUGCAGACUAGUACUGAUAUAUUCUGAAAAUGAAAAGUAUACUAUCAUAGAUUUGUACAUUAAAAACAUGCCCAGAGGUAUUUGAGGUAAAAUCUUAAUUCUACCUGAUAUGUGAGCUAUAGUCUCCAUGUAACUUAUAGUCAACACAAUUUGUUUAUAUUAUUGAUUAUGGCAAUCUAUUCACUGAUUUAAUCCAUUGGCUUCUGUAUUUGGCUGAAUAUGAUAAAUUCAAUUGCUAUUUUAAAAUCAUUGGCCCAGCACCCAGCAAUCUUUAGGCUGUGGUCUUCCAGUGCUGGGAAUUUGUUUUGGCAAGCAAAUACUCAACAAGGAAUUAUAAGUGGAACGGUGGAGAGAAAAGAUGUUUGCGAUGGGCAAUUCGAGAUCCAAGUAGAAACGGAGUGCCCAUUGUUUAAAGGCUUAGAGACUCGGCAAAUGGUAUUACUGACCCAUGGUGACAGCGUAGACUAGGUUGCAGAAGGGUUGCGUUACGUCGCAAAAUCUUCACAUCAUAUUAUUUCCGCUAUUGCUGAUAUUACUGAGUCCAGUUCCAUGAUUUGACUGAAAACGGACGAAAAAUGUUGCAUGCCUUCUUAUUCGAAAUCUGUGGAUUGCAAGGAGGUUUCACAUUGGAGAAACGCGAGCAGCAGUGUAACGAUUACAUCCGGCGCACGGUCGGACGUGAUAAGAUCGUGCUCAUGCUAGUAAGCGGUGGAGUCGAUUCCGCCGUUCGUGCUGCCCUUCUCCAUAAAGCACUUCUACAGGUGAUAACUCGUCGCGAGUGCAGGGCAUCUAUAUCCAUUCUUAUCUUUUUCUUUUUUUUUUAAAUUUUAUCUUAAAGAAAAGAUACAAUAUGUUUGCUAAUUUACUUUAUUUACGUUAUUCACCGACAGUUUACAAGCGUUUUAGUAAUUUACCUUGGGUUACUUGAAAUUAUUAUUACAAGUUUCAUUUAAGUUCAUGGUAAAAGUUGAAAUUCAAAGUGUAUGUCUAAUGGCACAACGGUAUAGCAUCGGAGCGGUACGCAGAAGAUUUAGGGUUCGAUUCCCUAAAGAGUUCAGUUACAUUCCAAUGUAAAAAUAAAUUCCAUUGGGAAAAUUCUGAUUUAUGAGUUACAAAAUCUCUAAGUAAAAUUAGAGUGCCUUAACCAAAGACUUGUAAAGCCCUAUUCUACAACGUGGCUAUUGGUCGCAUAUACUGGAACAUUACAACUCAGAUGGAAAACGAA